GUAACUGUCAAAUUGUUUGGUGUGCUGGUAGGUGAAGAAAACGUUUACUUUCCUUAUCGUGAAAAACGUUUGAUAUUACCGUCAGAAAUUGUUUGCUAGAUUCGAAAACAUCUAGAUUCAGAAGUGAAAGUUGUUCUGAUGCAGUGAGUAGUGAAAUCAGACAGGCUAAUUUGUGAUUACACAGAUUUUCAGCCUGUGAAGCUUUUUUCUAUCACCGUCUGGCCUGAGAAAUUCAAAGAUGGACGACAAGCGAGACAGCAAAAAGAAGGAUAAACGAAAAUCGCGUAGUCGAAGUCCGGAUUACGGCAGAAGAAGGCGAGAAAAUCGUAGCCGUAGCCGGGAUCGUACCAGAAGAAGAUCACGGGACAUGAGCAGUCCGGUUAUGAGACGACGCAGAGGUCGCCGUAGUCCGUCUCCUCCGCCGCCACCUAUAAUGCAAGAUGUUCCGCCGCCACCGAUGAUUGGAAAUACCGGUUACAUGGGAACCGGUGCGCCAAUGUAUGAUGCUUACGGUGGUUAUGGACCGCCAGCAGCACAGACAUACAUGACCACCGGUUAUGGCGGGUAUGAUUACGGAACACCGGCGGUAACGACAAUCGAUAGUUACGGUGCGAUGGUUAGUGCCCCUGCACCAAUGAUGAUGGGCCAACCGGUUCCACCAGGGGAUGAGUACGGUACCCAGCAGGGAUGGACCGGGUCGGCACCGGUUGUGCAGGAAACGGAAGAGGAGAAACGAAAACGGGAGGCUGCUAUUGCAUUGGAAGUUCGCAAUCAGCGGGCAUCGUUGAAGAAGCAGCGUGAUGAUUAUCUUCGUCGUGCCGGUGCUCUGAAGCGGGAACUGAAAAUACUGAAGCAGCAACGUGGGGACCUUAGCUCGGGACGGGAACCGCCGUCACCUACGACUAGUAAUUUCAUCAAGGAAAACGACAAACUUCAGUCGCAGAUUCAAAGCAAGAUUAGUACCAUCGAAAACGUUAUCGAUAUGCUGGAUGGGAUUAUUGGAAAGGAUAAGACACCGACCCCACCGCCGCCGCCGAUCAACUCGGCAGUGCCAGCAAACAACGAAAGCAAAGCCAACAAAAAUCGCAAGGAAUCGGAGUCAUCGGCUUCACCGGAGCGACUUAAGAAUGAAGUUCUAGAAACGAUGAAACGAGGCAAAGCGAAAAAGGAAGAAAAAUCCGUGAUCAAAUCCGAAACGGAUGGGGAUGGUAAGCGUAAAUCGCAGUAUAAUUUGGUUUAUUAUGACCCGGAACUGCACUGGUGUCCUAGAUGUGAUAUUUUCCCCAAAACGGCUAAGGAAUAUUUGAACCAUCUGCACUCGGAACAGCAUCUGACGGCGAAUAGCUCCUCGCAGGACUACCCGUGGCGAGAGAAGUUGAAGGCCGAUGAUAACGCGAACCAUCCGGGUCUGCCCAGCAAGCGUAUUCCGAUCCGAGGGUUGCAGUUUUUCGUACCAGCUACCGCCUGGUACUGCAACAUUUGCAACUUCUGGAUGGGCGAUCUGCACUGCGCCUCGGUUCACCUAAAAUCGAAGCUACAUGCGAACAGUUACGGGGAGUUGAUUGAUAGCCAGCCUAAUUUUGAAAUUGAUUGGAUGACCGAACGGCAGAAGGCCUACGAAAGAAUGAGGGACAGUGACCGGCAACAGCAGCAGGCGACCACAACCACCAGGGACCCACCGGACAGUGGUGCGAGUGGCCUCAGUCGGGUCGUCGGGCAAGGUGAGCUUGAUUUUCUAACUGCCAGUUCCUUGCAGAAGGACACGAUCACCGAUGGGGGUGGUAAGAAAAGGAAGAAAAACAAGAAAGAGGAAAAGCGUGAAAAGAAGAAAAAGAAGCGUUCGAAAAAGAAGAAGAAAGCAGCAUCAUCGAGCAGUUCGAGUUCCAGUUCGGACUCGGACUCCGAUUCGGACCGAAAGAGUGCUCGCGGGGAUGACUUCGAUCCGGCUACCUCGAUUCGGGUAGCAAUGCGUAACAUCCUGAAGGCACAGGAAGCCGUAAAGGAUGCCCAUCUUCACCCGGAUGCAUCGGCAGGAAAAUGGACUGUCGUUCAGCCGGCACCGCCUCCACAGGAACUUACCGCUCCUCCUCCACCGUUCAUGACGGCCGGUGCCGAAAACCGGGAGAAGAAACGUGACGAACUGAUGCUUUCACAGUGGGUAACUCCGGAUCCGGUUAUAUCCGAGACGGAGAGAAAAUUGUUAGAACAACUGAAGGGUAAGAUGACAAAACGAAGGGACGAAGUACCGGCAAAAGAAGACGUCAAAUCUCACGAAGCCUCCGAGCGUUCGGACCGCAGUCGUCGAGGAAUGGUGGACGAGGGCCGCCGUGGCGCUGACGAUGGACGUCGAGGCGGCGGUGAAGAUGGACGUCGCGGAGGUGGCGAUGACGGACGUCGUGGCGGGGGGGAUGAUGGGCGUCGUGGUGGAGGUGAUGAUGGCCGCCGAGGAGCCAUCGAUGAUCGACGGCGCAGUAGAUCUGUUACACCUCCAUGGCGUAGAAAGGCCAGUCCUGGUCGGUGGGGUGCAUUCGGCAGAGAUAGACGAAGUCCUGAUCGUCGUCGUGAGCGAGAAAUGGAUCGAGGUGGUCGAAUGGAUAGGCGUCGGCGUAGUCGGUCUCGAGGAAGACGCAGUCCCAGUUAUGGACGAGGUAGAUUCCGGCUAAGACGUUCGUUCUCCCGGUCUCGAUCCAGAUCUCGUUCCCGUAGCCGACCUAGGGUUAUCGAAAAACCCGUAGUAAAUUUCCCUCCGGAACCUAAACCGAGACCGGAGAAGAAACCGAAGGAAAAGAAGGACGAAGAAAAGAAAGAGAAGAAACCGGCAGUUUCAAUGGCGAUUGGUCAAAAGAAGCUGCCAUUCAUUGGACGAAUGCCCGUAUUCAAGAAGCAUCAGCAGGAACUGAAAAAGGAGGAAUUCAGUGCAAUCGGUGAUGCGAUUAGCGAUGUACCGAUUGACGAGGAAAAUGGUGCCAAACACCAUUCGGAAGAGUUUGUAGACAUGAUGCCUGAUCCCUACCAGUUCGUUGCUCUAAUGGGCGCUCCACCGCCGCCACCAAAUCAUCCAACAAAACCGGAUGAAAGCAUGCUGCCUCCGGGUAUUGACGAAGCCGAAGCUGAUUUAGUACCGAAACCAAUUAGCGACGCUCCCAUCCCUCGUAAAGGUCCACUUCCCAAAGACUUCCAAGAGGCUCUGGACAUAAUUUUCGAUGGUGACAGACAAAAACCGGGCGAUGUUAUAGCUAACGAGACGAAACCGCCAGAAGUCAUUCCCCCGGAACCGGUGGUGCCAAUCGUUGACGCUGACCAGCCGCAAAUGAUCGCAAAUGAGGCGAUUGAAAUAUACAAUCAACAGAUCGCUGCUCAGUACAGCAAAGCUGUCGUAUCCGCGGCGGCGAUUUCGUACGAUGAUGAGUCACAGAACCAACCGCUUGAUAUGGCUUCCAACGACGGUAUGGUGGAGCACUCUUCGGACUCACUGUUUCCUCCCGUUACCUCUCCGGGCGACAACACGGCCAGUAAUGACGGUACGGCGGUGAAUAGCGAUCCCGAACCUCCGAAGGCACCGCCACCGAAACCACCACCGGAGGUCGAAAAUGAAGAAACACGUCGUAAACGGGCUGAACUGGAAGAACUGGCCAUGCUGGGAAUCGAUGCCGAUGAUAUGGCUGCCCAAAUUUUCUAAGACAAAUGAUUUGUUUACUUAUAGCUAUAGAUUUUAGGUUCCUUGUGUAACAACCAACGUUACAUGCUGUAUCGUGAUGUAUUAUAUUUUUUCGGACAGAUUCAUCAUAUGGAAUUAGUGUUUCUAGGUGAAUCAAGAUUCUUUCUUUAGGAAAUAGCUGCCCCGAGGUACAGGUUUCUUAUCGUAACAUGGAAAAAUUUAUCAA